AUGCAGGCUGUCGUCUUCAAAGGUCCGCUUCAGGUUGCCCUGGAACAGCGCCCUCGACCUCAGAUUCAGGCGUCGACCGAUGUGAUUCUGAAAGUGAGAUACACGGCGCUCUGCGGCAGUGAGCUGCAUGUCUUCCGUGGCCAUCAACCCUCGGGAACGGGCUUCAUCAUGGGCCACGAGUUCACCGGCGAAGUUGUCGAAACCGGUACAGAUAUCCAUGCCUUCAAGAAGGGUGAUCUUGCCGUCUCGCCUUUCACUGUCAGCUGUGGCAAAUGUUUCUAUUGCGAGAGCGGGUUCUCCUCCCGAUGCGCCAACGGUCUACUAUACGGCAGCCCCGUUCUGGAUGGAGGCCAAGCAGAGUAUGUUCGAAUCCCGCUCGCCGAGUCAACUCUCUUCCACGCGCCCGCGGCCAUCGACGAGAAGAAGUUAGUGCUUAUGGCCGAUAUCUUUCCGACCGGGUAUUUUGCGGCGAGUAAUGGGUUCCGCUCGCUAGAACCCAAGGCGAUUCAGAAUAGUACGGUGCUUUUGUUUGGCUGUGGCCCGGUGGGAAUCUGCGCGCUUGUGAGUGCACUGGAGUAUCGCCCCAAGCACUUGAUUGCUAUCGACAGCAUACACUCCCGUCUGCAGCUAGCGGAGAGUCUUGGUGCGGAGCCGUGGAAUUUCGCUGAGAACGAGGCCGGGCUAAGAGAGCGUGUCAAGACCAUCACAGAGGGCCGAGGUGCCGAUGUGGUGAUCGAGGUUGUUGGACAUAGCAGUGCUCUUCGAAUGGGAUUCGAACUGCUUCGUCCGUGGGGGGUAUUGUCGAGUGUGGGUGUGCAUAAUGGCGAGAUUCCCUGGACGGGUAAUGAAGCAUACGGCAAGAAUUUGCGGAUCCAGAUGGGACGCUGUCCUGUUCGCAGUAUCUUUGGGGAGGCGAUGGAGCUGUUGGUGAAGAAGCAAGAUACAUUGAAUUUUAUGGCCGAAGAUAUUCGCCCGCUUUCUCAGGCUGUACAGGCAUAUGAUGAUUUCAAUCAGAUGAAGAGUCAGAAGAUUGUCUUUGAAGCGGAUAAGUAG